AUGGCUUCCUCCUCCUCCGUCUCCAACAGGAGUGCAUAUAGGUCAGCCAAGCAAGUUCGAAGAAGGUGCGAUUGUGAUGAACCAGUUGGCAGGUGGACUUCAUGGAAACCGAAGAACCCUGGAAGGAGAUUCCUUGUUUGCCCCAAUUACAAGGUUAGUGUCUUCGAGUCUUUGAAUGUGAGGUUUUUAUCUUCAUGGAAACCGAAGAACCUUAUAUCAGUUAAAUGUAAGGUUUUUAUUUUCAAAUCUUUGAAAUUUCCCUUAAACACCAUCCAAUUUUUGCACUAUGCAAAAUGUCAUCCAAUGCAUGAUAAGGAGAAGGAUUGCAAAUUCUUUGAAUGGAUAGAUCCUCCAUUACCAAACAACUGGUACAAACAGAUGAUAUAUGAUUUUCACAACCAAGGAAUUUAUGGAGUCAAUGAUGAAGAAUUUGAAGACUUUAUGAAUGAAGAUGUGGAAGAAGUAGUGCAACAGAUUCCUCUGCAAGUGGAAGGUGGAAUGGUUGUUAAGGGAUGGAAGAUUUCGUGUUUGGUUGGUUUAAUUGCAAUUAUUUGGCUAAUGUUCAUGUAA